AUAUACAUUUAAUUAUGAUUCUAUUUAAAUAUCUGUGCAGUAUGACAUUUUUGUAAGUGAUUUUGUGUCACAGACCAAGCAGAGUCUAAAAAGAGAUUUCAUCUUAUCUGAGUGAUAAAGCAGUGGGUAUUUUGUCCACUCAGGAGACAUACUAUCCCUAAAUAGGAACUUACUGAUAUGCUAUGUACACACAGAUUGAACUUUGAACAGUGUUCCUAUAAUGACAUGAUUGAUAAACACACUGAUGGAUAGAAGGGAGAGAUAAUCCUCAGCGUAUUUCAUUUCGACAGUAGCCCGAGAAAUGCUGCUCUUCUUCUUCCUCUUCUUCCCUUUAAUUAUAUUGUAAAAACUGGUUUAUCAUCUCUCUGAAUUCACAAGACCAUGACUAUUGGCAAGAGCUCCAAAAAGAACAAGGCCCCUCGUUCCCCUCCUUUCCUGGACAGGGCUAAUGGAUUCUAUGGGCGCCUCAAUGAGAUGGGUGGAGAUGAUGUACAGGUGGAGGGAAAACCCACAGAAGACCAGAUGGGAACCUUGAGGAAACCGGAGACCAGAGGACAGAUCCGAAACAGCCAAGACAACAUGACGGCCCCAGGUUGGAUAGAAGAGGAUGACCAUGUGUUUGACCUGGGAAUGAUGGAUGACGAUGGGACCACUUUACUGAAGAGAAAGCCAAGCAGACUGAGUCGGCGAUGGAGCAGAAAAAGUUCUAGGAAGGACAAAUAUAACAAAUCUUUUUCAGCGAAAGAAAGUGAAGGUACUGAGACUGAAAAGAGCCCCUCUGUAGAUCCAAAUCCAGAGGUGCCAGCAGUGGCCCAAACCCUGGAAGCAGCAGACAGCAGAGAAGCAGAACCAGCACUGUUCUCUGUGAGGGAGCAUGCAGAUGAUCAGACUUUGAUUUCAGGAAAGAGAGAGUGUAAAACUGAACUAGAAGAUACAAGAAAAGAGAAAAAGACAGACAGUAAAUUGGAUGGAGAAUCAAUGGAAGUUGUAAAGAGGAACACUCUCAAGAAUUAUCACAAGGCUCUGGACAGAGCUUUGCGUCGAGGAUGGGAGACAUUUGUUGCCAAUCUGUAUAGUGUGACGCUGACACCUAUCUCAUCAUCAUCCUCUUCAUCUUCACCAUCAGACAAAACCAAAAUGAACAGGAAUUGUGCUUUGGCAGAAUUCAGAUAACAGAUGGACUGUUGAUGUGCAAAUUGAUCUGUAAUUUCUUUGAUUAAUAUAAAUGUGCUCACAUAUUUAAUAUCUAUUGUUUUGUUGCAUAGAACUGAUCAGUGCUGAUCUUGUUUUAAACUGAUUAUUAUGUAACCUGACAUGAGGGCUCAAUAUUUGAACUUUUUAUCAGCGUAUACAUUUGUUAUCGCAGCACUAUUUAGCAGGGGCGUGUAGCUGAUCUUUGUUUCCUCGCAGGAACACAUGUGGCCUAUACCCUUAAUUAUCCAGCAUGGAGAUAGUUUUCUAUUCUGGAUGUGAUCAAAAUGUUUGAGCUGUGAACAGUAUUGAGGAGUUCCUGUAUUUUGGCCAUGAACUUAAAUUCUUCCAAAGAUUACAAAGAUGAAUCGAAGGGUUAACUCUCAAAAACAAAUCUGGGCGCUCAAAAAGCUUUUCUAAAUUGUUAUCAAUAACAUCACUGGCACUGAAGUAUAUACGUAAAUGACUGAGGCAAUAAUUAGUGUGAAGAGGUCUUUUGGCUUCUGUAUAUCUUUCUUACAAACCCACAGUUUCUUAAUUAUUUUUUUUUUUGGCCAUUUGGUUUAUGUAAAGAAAAAUUUGGUCUUUGUGUGUGUGUGUGUGUGUGUGUGUGUAAGUGAAACGAAAGAAACCUUAGUCACUCAAUUCUGUUCUAUGUACAAUUUAGUUUAAUUCUACCAAAUUUGCAUUAUUAAAAACCGAUUAAACAAUUAUUACAUGUAAACAAUUAUUACAUGUAUGCAUUAUCGCCCAUGAGGGAUACCCACAGGUAAAAUUUAGGUAAUGUUUUCAAACAGCAAUAAUAGUGCCUUCAUAGAUUUCAACUCUUCAUAGACUACAAUACUGCCUCCGUGCCAUGAGGACACAUUUGUCAGUUUGCUGUUCUCUUUGUCUAUGUCUGGUAUGGAAUGGUAGCAGACUGUUUACUGAAUUUUAAAAAAUAUUAUAUGAAAAGGUAUGCAUUAUGCAAUGAUGAACAAUCAAACGAUAUAUGCUACAUUGUUGUCACAUGAACUAAUUAUGAAGCAUGUUUAAUUCAGGUAAUGGCAUCUAGUUAUAAUCUCAGGGGGGAAAUGGUUAUUUUGCAUUUUUGAUCAAGUUUUUUGUGAAAGUGUCUUAACUUUUGACAGUGUGAUCGAAUAAUGAGUCAGGAAAGAAAUGUUAAAAAUGUGGGCUGAGGCUAAUAUUAUUUCUGGUUCAUUCAUCACUCUGGAGAUGGAAGUUGAACACAUUGUAGGGAUACAGCAUCCCCUGCAUGUGUGCUGUUGUAGACUAUACUGCAUGUUUUGAUAAAUGUGGCAGGUCAUCCAGGUAUUUCAUGCAGAAAAUGUAUACACUGCAUACUGCAGAACAAGUAAGAAUAGAGUAUGAUACAUGGUGGUAUGCUAUUCAGAACAUAGCAAACUAACUGUACAAGUACCCGCAUCUUACAAAAAUGGUGCCAUCUAGUGAAAAAAGAAAAAUGUGAUGAUUGGAAAAAAAAUAAAUAAAAAAAAAAUAAAAGUAAGAAAAUAAAAAGAGA